UUUGCUUCUUUCUCACUCGAAUGUUGUUCAAAUAAACAAACAACCACCAUUCGCUGAUAAAAUUUAUUUGCAUAAAUAUCUAAUUUGUUUCCGGCUAACUUGUUGUUGCUGCUGAUAUAUUGUAUCGUGUUUGAUUAUAUCUAUACAAAGAUGUUAUCGAUCGGGAAGAUUGGGCGCAAAUUGUCGAUGCAGAAGAGCGAUGUGAGAGAUCAUCAGGCUUCUGCGACUUUAGAUGACCUUGCUCUGGCUUCCAAGGAUAUGCAAGAUAUGAGAAACUGCUAUGAUUGCUUAUUAGCUGCAGCUGCUGCAACCGCAAAUAGUAUAUAUGAAUUUUCGGAGUCGCUAAACGAAAUGGGGAACUGUUUGCUGGGGAAAACUGCUGCGGUCUGUGAUUCUGAAAAGGGAAACGUGUUAACAACUUUGGGGAAUUUGCAAUUGGAACUUCAGAAAAUUGCUGAUACUUAUCGUUCUUACGUAAUUGUGACAAUCACCAACCCAGCAGAGUCUCUCCUCAGUGAGCUACUAAAAGUGGAGGAGAUGAAACUUCAAUGUCAAGAGAAAAGAGAAGUGUACGAUCACAUGAUGGCUCAACAUAGAGAGAAGAGAAAACUGAAGAACGGUAAAUUCGAAAGUUCAAUUGCACAAAAACUGCAAGAAGCUCAAGAUGAAUAUGAUGAAAUGGCUAGACUAUGUGUAUUUCGGGUGAAAUCGCUCAAGGAUGGACAAUGGCACAGUCUUUUGACACAAGCUGCUCGCCAUCAUGCCGCACAGUUGAAUUUCUUUCGCAAGGGACUUAAAGCUGUUGAAGCAGUUGAACCUUUAAUAAGAAAUGUUGCCGAAAAGCAUCACAUCGAUUGCCAACUCAGGGGAUUGUUUGAUCGUGGGUCCCAGGAAGGUGAACCUAUGAGUGGCCAUGAAAUUGUUAAUGAUGGAGAUUUAAGUUUUGAUUAUAAACAAAAGAAACAAGGACUCGAUGAUGAUGACACCUCGCCAAAUCCAAUGGAGCUGGACCCGGUAGAUUUCCCAUAUUCUCAAGCUUCAAUUUUAGAAGAUUCAGAGAUAAAUCAGAAUAGACAUAAAGGGGAGCAACUUUUCGGUAGACAAACUAGAGUUAGCAGCUAUUCCGCCCCACUAUACCCAGAAAAAACUAAGGCAUCUGAAAAGCUUAAAGAAACGCAACCCGCACCAAAAUCAUACUCGUAUGUACUACCUCCACCCGUCGUGGAUACCCGAAAUCCAAUUUUAAAACCUGCUACAUCUCUUUCUCAUAGCACAUCAUCGGCUGCUUUGACCUCAAAAGCCCAGUCAACAAUAAAAACCAUUAACAAUAUUACUCCAUCCAUCCAGUUACCCUCUCCCGCCACGUCUACCGGAAGAUUUUCAUUCUCACAACGGGAUAGUUAUUACCGAACCGAUGGUAGUAAAGUAGACAAACAACAAUCUUACUCUGGCCCGUUACCACCAAGCAAGCAAUUUUCUUUCAAAAUUGCAUCUAAUAGCAGCGGGCCCAUUACUGGGCCCAUUACUUCUACUGAGCUUCCUCACCCGCCUUCUCGGGCCCCCGUUUCUCAGCCCAAUUUGUCGAAUAAUACUUCACCUCCCUCUUUAUCUUCUCCUAAAAUAAGUGAGCUUCACGAGCUUCCUAGACCGCCUCCUAGUAGUUUAGCCUUUUCUAAACCCAUUGCUAUUUCGGGUGGUUUGAGUCGACAUUCAGCACCGUUACUUUCGAAAAAUCAAGAUAUUUCUCCGCCUAAUAAACGGGCUAUGUUAACAUCAUCAACAUGUGCUUCACCUCUUCCGCUUCCACCUUCUGUUGUGAAAUUCAACUCAAGUAAAAGUGGGACCUGAAGAACAAGCACUUACAGUUAUAAUUCUUUUAGAUUUCCAACCGCGAUCAACUGUUUCAGAAGUAGGCUUUUAUGUACGCCCCGUCAAAGGUUGAAACUGAUUUGAAGAGAGUUAGGUAAGCGUGUGCAUUUACAAAACGAUGCGAGAAUCCGGUGCCCACAUGGCAAUGAAGGCUUUUGAAAUGUUAUAUGUUUGAUACCUUUUUUAUGGGACUGACAUGAAUAGUUGAAUACAACCUUAGGUUAGGUAUAGAGCAAUCUCAAAACGAUGUAGUUUGUAUAAACUUUUUAUCAGAGUAUAUGUGACCUCAAAGUAGGGUUUAUGAAGUCAACAUCAGGUUAAAAGUCAACGGGGUUUUGCCUUAUUGUGUCUGGUUUGAGCUAAAAGUUGUAUUUUUUAUUUGCAUCUUCAUGUUUUGCUAGAACUGAGGAGAAAUACUAUUCAUUUCUGUUUC